AUGGAUGAUGUGGUUAUGACACCGUUAAUUUCUGAAAAUUGUUCGCUCUCGGUGAAUGGUAGAAUUUUCCAGAUUGAUCUUAUUUGUUUACCACUUAAGAGGAUUGAUGUGGUUUUGGGGAUGGAUUGGCUUUCUGCCAAUUCGGUGUUUAUUGGAUGUGAAGAGAAGUUGAUUAUCAUUCUGUCUAGUGAAGCUACUUCGAAGGAUGUAUUAACUACUAUCUUGGAAGGUAUGGUUGGCAUGGUUAAUUUCUUAUUUGAGAAGGAAAAGUCAGUUCUCUUGGUUCUCACCAAGGAACCUAGCGACAAUCUAAAUAUUACACAAAUUCCUAUCGUUUGUGAAUUUCCAGCGGUUUUCCUUGAGGAUGUCAUUUAUCUUCCUCCUGAGAGGGAAGUGGAAUUCUCUAUUGAUCUGAUACCUAGGAUGAAUCCAAUCUCCGUUUCUCCGUAUCGUAUGGCGCCACUCGAGUUGAGGGAGUUGAAGGAUCAAUUGGAAGAAUUGUUAACUAAGCAUUUCAUCUGA